CUGCAUAAACGUUUCAAUUGUGGAAUAAAGAAAAAGUCGUAAUUAUACAUACUUGACUUCCUUGUUGGGAGGUUUCUUUUGGAAAACGAUGACACUUCCGGUUGAAAGAAGCGUGCAACGCAGUAAGAGACCGAGAUCUCAGGAUGUUCAAAACAAUAGUUCCGGAGUCUGUUGAGAAAAACUAUAUGAACAAUAUUGUAUCCUAAUAUGUAAAUAUAAUGUCAGCGUAAAAUUUAUUUUAGAAUCAAUAAUGAUACAUUUUUUAGUGCAGGGGUGUCAUUUUUAAAACAUGUUCUGCUGAAUUAUAUCAGUUGUAUUUUGUGUGUGUUAUUAUCUCCGGACACAUUAUGGUGUGACACACACCGACGUACACAGAACAGCAUGGCAGAAUGAGCUGCCGCUAAACCUUAAGGAUCGCUCAUGAAAACCGAUGAGAUAAGGUUAACAGUUCGUCUGGGCUUCAUUAAUAUAGUAAACUAAUAAUAUCCCGUCUGUCUGGAUAGCAACACAUUUGCUUUAGACCGACCGUCGCUCAAGUGAAACCUUCCAGGACGCGGCGUGGUUUCGAACAACUUGACGCAAACUCACCAGGCGUCCAUAAUGAAGGUGGUUUUUAGAGAUAACAGCGCUAAAGCUGCUACAGCUAAAACCCCAGGCACGGCUGCACCAGCUCCGAAGAAAAAAAUGAAGAUUUUCUUUAAAGAUACUCGCAGGAAGAAGCAGGGAGGACCUCAACCCGUCAAUGCCCCCCUCGCACCCCCAUCAGACCCAAAGCAGUUCUCUGCCAACUGGAAGGCUUUAUUAGAGAUCAUGAAGGCUAACCCAGAGCCGAAGGCGCAGAAGAGUGAUGUGCCCAAGAAACCCUCUCCCAAAGAGGUUAACGGUACUACCAAACCUCUUCCCGCAUCGUCUUUGACAAACGGAGGAAAAGCAGCCAAAUCCAAAACACUUAGUAGUAAAGAAACGGUUACACCGGCAGAGGAACGUAAUAAACCAACCAAGAAGAGGAAAGGGACCGGAGGGAAAGACGAAAAGAAACCAGCCAAGAGGAAAGAGAGUGGAGGAAAAGACGACCAGCAGCCAGCCAAGAAGAAAGCGAAGGAAGGGAGAGACGACCAGCAGCCAGCCAAGAAGAAAUACAAGGGGGGGAAAGACGGGCACCAGUCAGACAAGAAGGAGAAGGGGGCCCAGGAGCCAAGACCCCCAACUGACGCCGACCUGUGGUUCGACGACGUGGACCCGGAUGACAUCGAGGAGGCUGUGGGGAAGGAGGCGGCUGACGUGGUGAGGAGGAGGACGGUCCAGAAGAAGGCCCCCCAGCACGCUGAGGACGGCCUGGUCAAGAGCCACGCCUUCACCGGGCUGACGCGCGCGGUGGCGAUUGACUGUGAGAUGGUGGGGGUGGGGCCUGACGGCGAGCACAGCAUCCUGGCCCGGGUCUCCAUCGUCAACCACUUCGGGAAGAUGAUCUACGACCGCUACGUCAAGCCUACCGAGGAGGUGACCGACUACCGCACGGCCUUCAGCGGAAUCCGACCCGAGGACAUCAAAGACGGUGAGGAUAUGAAGACUGUUCAGAAGGAGGUAGGAGAGAUCAUGGAGGGAAGGAUACUGGUCGGACACGCAAUACACAAUGACUUAAAGGUUCUCUUCCUAGACCAUCCCAAGAAGAAGAUCCGUGACACCCAGAAGUACAAACCCUUCAGAGUGCGAGUUAAGAGCUCCCGACCGUCCCUCAAAGUUCUGUCCAGAGAGGUGCUGAACGUCAAGGUUCAGCAGGGAGAACACUCCUCAGUGCAGGAUGCCCAGGCCACGAUGAGGCUCUACACGAUGGUGAAGAAAAACUGGGAGGCCGAGAUCAAAGCCACUCGGGCCGAUAAGGCCGAGGCCAGGAAGCCCCGCCCCUCGGCCCUCAAGCCCCACCCCUUCAAAGACAAGUGACCCCACAACCCCCCUAACCCCACUGACAAACAAUUGGUUGCGGCGCCAUCGCAGCAGAUGAACUUUUAUUUUGAGAGAAAAAGACAAGAUGAACACGAAACGGAACCGGAAAAAGUACAACAAACAAGAGAAACUUUCAAAGAAAAAGUCCAUUAAAAAAGUUUGUAAUGUUAUUAUAAUGUAUAGCUGUAUUAUUAUAUAUGUAGCUUUAUUACUUCAGUUCACCGAGUUUUAAAACUAACAUGUAUAGACGAUAUACGUUAACAGUAGAUCCUAUCUACACCGAGCAGCUGUUGUUUGAUUAGUUCCCCAGAGGUCGUGUUCUGUGUUUGUGUUCUCAAUAAAGAUGAUUUUAAACAAUGUGUCUGAAACCUCCGAAAUCGUGUAUUACAUAUGGCACAAGAGGGCCCAAUUCGGUGAUCUCGGACCCUGUAUCUUGCUAUCUAUUCAACAGGUAUGCAGAUCAAGAUCCUUUGAGAAUUGCUGGAGGAGAAGAUGUCAUAAAUCAAAUGAAAGACGUUUGCCAUUACGACAGUGUGUUUGACUUUGAAGACCCUGGGAGUUGUCUAACUUUAUCUAAUAAACUGAAGGAGAGCAAUCGGUGAUCUUCUCAACAGAAGAGACAAGCUGAGAUGACUGAAGUUUGUGGACGAUAGCUGGAUUAAGCAGCCUCAUCUGGCC